AUGUCGCCCAAGCCGGGGCGCCCCCGCUAUGCCAUUAUGUCGAUCAACUUGAGACGAACCGAUUCGACUCACCCAUGUUCGUCCGCACCGUGGCUCGGUCGCGUCUCAACCGCUCUCGUGGCCCCGCAGCUGCGCCGCGGCGACGAGCUCGUCGCCGAGUAUGUCGCGCGCGCCGAGCGGCUCGCUCCUCUCUUCCCGCGGCUGCACACGGUGCGCGCGCGGCCGCUGCCCGAGUGCCGGCUCGGCUACGAGCACUCGCCCAACCUCGCCCUGGAGCUCAGCAGGUCGAUGCUGUACGAGCCCGGCGACUCGGUCGAGUCGGCGGGCGGCGACUCCCUGUGGAACGGGCGGCCGCAGCAGUACUUCGAGAGCAUGAACUACGGGAAGGGCGGCGACGGGCCGACGGACGACCCGCCCGAGCGGGACUUCGAGAGCGACUCGCUGGCGCAG